AAUACGGAAGUGUUAUUACGGAAAUGCUGUUUACGUUGUUAUGUUGCUGUUCAAGUUGUUAUAAUUAUAUAAGUGUGUUGAGAUAGCACGUUGUUAAUACGUUUUUAUAUUAUUAUAUUAAUUAUACUUGGAUAAAAAAAAAACUUUGAGCAACGACACUUUCCGUUUGCUGCAGUAUCACGGAACAAUUAAAUAAAACACUCAACACUUGAGAACGCCAGCGAAUCUCGCAUUUGAUGCAGUGAACAACAAAGGCUGCUAGGAUGGAUGAUAUCUACACUUUACAACAGGAAUUGGGACGAGGCAGCUAUGGAGUGGUCUUCAAGGGACAUGUAACGGAGACUGGCUGUUGGGGCGAGAGGGGCGACACGGUGGCCAUUAAACGUAUACCAUGUUGUAGCCCAGAGAGUAUAGAGCUCUACCUGCAGGAACUGUGGGCUAUGAGAAUCACAGCACGAAACCACCCCAAUGUCAUCGCUCUAUACAACUGCCUCUUACAGACUGGACCUAGAACACUGCAACCCCUGAAAUCAGGGAGGCUUCCUUUGGAUUUAGUGGAGAGUGCUCUCAAAGGGAGAGUGGUGGACAAAGACUCAAAAACCCAAGCGAGGAAUCCCUCCAGGUCAAAGAGGAGGCUGAUGUCCACAGAGGAGGUUCCCAGGCGCUGCUUUGCCCUUUGGUUGGUGAUGGAGUACUGUGAAGGAGGGGAUUUGAGCCAGUACAUCCUAUCCAGGCCGCCAGAUGCUGAGUGCAACUAUGCAGUGCUUCAACAACUCGGCAGUGCCAUUGCGUUCCUGCACAGGCAUGGAAUAGUGCACCGUGAUAUAAAGCCAGAUAAUGUUCUUGUCUGUCUUACUAAAAUGGGACCGGUCAUGAAGGUGGCAGACUUUGGCCUCAGUAAGAUGGUGGACAAUCAUACAGAUGGUGACCAGAGUAGACUGGCUCUUUCCUCUACCUGCGGCUCAGACUUCUAUAUGGCUCCAGAAGUUUGGGCAGGUCGUAGUUAUACAGCCCAGGCUGACAUCUUCUCUCUGGGUGUGCUUUUCUGGACUGUGCUGGAGAGAAUCACUUUCCUAGAGGAUGGCACCAAUCAAGAACAACUGGGUGCAUAUGUAAUGCGAGGCCGCUGGCUCAUCCCGUUAGGUGAGGCUCUGUGUCAGAAUCCCGACCUGCAGUUGAUCAUCCCUAUUAGGGCACGACGCACUCCGCCACUGCCGCCACCUCCAAACCCUGCUAUGUGCGAGCUGCUGAUGGACAUGCUAGAUUCUGACCCUGACAUCCGGCCCACGGCAGACCAGCUGGAGAAGAGGGUCCAGCGUGCCAUAGAGGUCCACUGAUCUCAGAGCAACAUGCUAACAACCAGUCUCCUUUAUACACUGAAAAACU